GGUAACAUGGAGGCCUUCACACCCACGGAGAUAGUCCAGAAUUUUCCGAGAGUCUGGCUAGGACAUCUGGGUUGGCCCAGGUAGCAAGUCAGUGCUGGAGGAUGGGGACAGAGAAGGGGCGCCAGCUGCCCGGCCUCUCCUCCCUCUGGGGUCCUGCGGUCAAGGUCCUGGAGAGUGGGUCCCUGCUGCUGCUGAUCCUCAGCCUGGGCCUGGCCAGAGCCCAGGAGACUCCGGAAGAUGUGCCAGUGCAACCAGGCUUUGACACCCAGAAGGUGGAGGGGCGCUGGCUGACCGUUCAGCUAGCUGCCAGCCACGCACCCCUGGCCGCCCCAGAUGACCCCCUGAGGCUCGCGCUCCACUCCAUUUGGAGCCGGGGCGAGGACGUGGAGCUUGUCUUGUUCUGGACAGGAGAAGGCGUGUGCCAAGGACUAAAUGUCACCGUCCAUCCAACGGGGCUCCUCGGCCAGUACCAAAGUGCCUUCAAGGGAGGCGGCACCAUGCUCCUGCACUUCGUCAGCACCGACUACAGCCACCUCAUCCUCUACGUCCGCUUCCGGGACGACGGCGAGGUCACCAGCCUGUGGGCACUGCUGGCCAGAAGAAUGCUGGAGGAUCCCCGGUGGCUGGGACAGUAUCUUGAGUACGUCUCCAAGUUCCAUCUGCAGGAAGCCCCGGUCUUCAACCUCGAUGACCAGUGUCCCCCACCUGCAGCCUCGGCUGGGGCCACCCCCUGAGUUUUCCUGCCCCGCUGCCACACCUCCCUCCCUCCCCCGCACCCCGGCUCACCCAGGAUUCUUCCAAAACCCUCCGCCCCCAGGAGGCCCCUCCAGCCUAGAGCCCAGCCCCUCCAUCGCUGUGGGUUACCAGGUCCCACCAACCAAAAACCAAGGGCCGCAGUCUCCCAGCCUGGCCCGCGGGCUUGAGGACAUUCUGGGUGUUGGAAGGGGGCAGAUGGCCGCUAAGCUCCCACUGUGGUGAGCACAGUGUUGCAGCCUGGCAGAUGGGGCUGCCUGCCAGGUCCCUCAGGGACAGGGACCUAGCGAGGGCCGGGCUGGCAUCGACCUGCCUACACCUGGGAACUGCUCUGGGCUCCGUGAGCCAACAUAGAACAUCCCCGCCCAGGUCAGAGGGGCACUGAAUGACCACAGUGCCAGCCCAUGAUCCCCAGACGAGCCAGGUAAGCAAACACAGGCUCAUAUACCUGCGCAGUAGGUGAGCUGACACAGGUCUCCACCCUCUCCUCCGAGUCAAGGGCCCUGCCUGGUGGUGCCUGGAUGGGAGGCGCCUACUUCAGCCAGUGAACCAGGGGCCACCCACAGCAGGGCCAGCUCUUAGAAAACUGGGUCAGGGCCCCAGUACUCACCCUCUGGAAAUGCCAGAGGCAGGUACGACCAGAUCCGGCCCCAGAAACGCCCUCGGCAAGAACAAGGCCUCCCGGUGAGGGGGGGGGGUGUCUUCCACCACGGCCACCGCGUGAGGCCAGCACGAAGGCAGGGACCCCAUCAGCCACCUGUGCGGACUCCACCUGCGGCCCACGGGCAAGUUGGGGGUGAACAGGUGCUCAAAGCCCAGGGGCCUCCCUACAAACCAGCUGACCCCAAAGAAAAAUACAAGGGACAUGUUAAAAUCACAUUUAAAAAAAUACAUCCUUGCUCUGGGACACGGAAAAAAAAGGACUUAAAUAAAUAGAUGUGUGGCAUUCCUGCAAAGUCUUCAAUAUCACACACAGUUAACGAUCUGAAGUUAACCUUUAUCUAUUUCAAGCAGCUUAAUCAACAUUCCAAUGGGACAGUUUCCCCAAAUUGCAAACCUGAAUCUCAAAUCCACAAGAAGGAACCAAAAAGUUUUAAAACAUUUUAGAGAGAAGAA